AUGGGUGACCCAUGGGCAAGUGCGCUUGAAGAAGAGAUCAAUGUACAGCUGCAGCUCAAUGAUGCGAUAGAGGAGUGUGAUGUCUUGCGGACACCGAGUGAGUCUGAGGGCAGCCCUGUUAGUGAGGGCAGCGGUGUGCCGUCUUCGUGGUGGGCAGUUCUGUUACAGGCUGCGGUGAGAGAGCAAGGUCAUCAGGGAUUGCAGGAUGUUUCAGAGAGCCAAUCGGACCCGGUGCGGGUCGUGAGUGCAUGCACUGGCAGCGGUGCAGAAGCUUGGGCGAUGAAGGGCUUGGGCAUCAACUUCGACAUCAUUUCUGCCAGCGAGUCGAACUCAGAUUAUCGGGAUCUCUUCAUGCACAAUUUCGCCGGUCGUGUGCAGCAUAUGUAUGAAACAAUUCAAGAGCAAACUUCGCAUCAUGGUCAGCGCUUGUUGUGUCGUGGCAAAGGGCAAGCUUGCACAGAGGGCAGUGACAAUCGCCGGUUUGGGGAAGUGAAUCUUCUGGUGAGUGGCUCACCGUGCCAGUCGUUCAGCCGGUACCGGGCCAAGAGGUUCGCUGAUGGGAGUGUGAAGUCGCAUGACUCCUACCCGUUAACCAUGGAGCAUCUCCUCGACUUGUACAAGAAGUACGAGCCUUUCGUAGGCAUACUGGAGCAAGCCCGUGGUCGCCUGGACAUUGCUUUCGUUCAAAUAGCAGGCUUGCACUCCUUGCUUCUCAGUUUCGGCAACAGGCUUGUGCGUGCUGAAGGAAACAUUGAGGAAGCUCGAGGUGAAGUGGCCCGCACAAUCCUCAACUUCAACGGCAGACUUGAGUCUGUCGAGGACAGUCUGGAGGAGGGUCUUGAGAACCAGGCUGGCCUCCUGAGAGUCUUCUCUCAGAUUUUUGAUGACGCGACGACUCGGCUGGUCCCGCUUGUUGCCAGGCCGUCAGAUGUCAGGCUCACUAUGGAAGAGGCAUCUGUGCUUCCUUCCAGCGAAGAAGCCUCCAGAUCCAGUGUUGCAAGGUUUCGCAGUUCUUCUUCAGAAGUGGUUUUCUUGAAGCAUGCCGUCACAGUGAUGGCCAGGAAAGUCAGACUUUGUGAUGAAGACAUUUUCGAGCUUCCUGUUCAAAGGUUCGAGCUAAUCCUUGCACACUCUUAUGAAGCCUCGAUUUUGGGGCGCAGCUUUCGAGGAGCAACCCUGGAAGAACGGCACACCAAGGUUAGGCUGGCACUCGGAGGCAAGGCGCCUUGCACACUGCAGAAGAGGUAUGGCCAGUCUGCCAAGCUAGUCUCCUGGGCUGAGUUGGAGUCGGUGAAGGCCUUCCCCAUUGAUGGGCAGAUUGCUGAGGAGUUUCUCCGACAUCUUGUUAGCUCGAGCGGCAGGCAUUCGGUGCUUACUGGUGCAGUUGAGUGUUUUGCUUUCUUGCAUCACGUGCUUGGAGUUGACAUGGAGCUGAACGCUUGUAGCAAUUCAAUCGUGCAGGGGAUCCUUAGGAAGGCUCGCUUGGAACGACCUGCAAAGAAGCAGGCGAGAGCCUUGCUUGCCAGUGAAGUUCUUGCCUUGGAAGCUCUACUUGCGGAUGAGUGCCGCCCACUCAUCGAUCGGUUUUGCGCUGGAGCCUUCCUCUUUGCGUUGUAUGGCCGGGCCAGGCUUGGUGAUCUUAGGGUUCUUGACUGCUUCAUAACCGACCUUCUUGAGGACAGUGCUAGCGGUUGUGGCUACCUUGAGGUUUUGUCUCUUUCGCAUAAGUGCCGCAGUACCAGCAACAGCCAGGGUAUGCGCAUGCACAUUGUGGUGCCUGCCAAAGGCAUCGGCCCGAGGUGUUGGGGCAAAGACUUCAUCUCGGUUGCGAGGGAGCUGGGUCGUGACCUCACCAGCAUUGCUUCGGGAGAGCCUUUACUGUAUAUGCCAGAUGCUCAUGGGAACUUCUCCAAUGUACCUGCUGACACUGAUCGCUUUGCCGCUUGGGUGCAGGAUCUUCUGUCAACGGUGCCGGCAUACAGCGGGGAUAAGAUUUCAGGGCAUUCAGCAAAGGCCACGCCGUUGUCGUGGAUGGGCAAAGCCGGAACAGAUUUUGAUACGCAAACCCUCCUUGGACACCACGUGCUGGUUGGACGCAGCAGUGCCCUGACCUAUGCACGGGACACGCAGGCGGCUCCGGUCCGAAAGUUUGAGGCUCUCAUAGGCGAUGUGCGCCGAGGGGUUUUCCUUCCUGACUCCACGAGGUCCGGACGUUUUGCACCUGAGGAGCCUGCCGAUUCCGAUCCUCAUCUGGACGGUGUUCUGUUCAGUACCAGAGACAUGUCUAGUGCAUUUCCCACUCCUGCUGAAGGUGGUCCUGAGCCUGUGUUUGCUUUCCCGCCGUCACCGCCUCCUCAGCUUGAUGACUCCUUGACUCCUUUUCCGAUGCCUGGUUUCUUGGAUCAGACUGCUCAGGAUCCAGAAGGCGAGGCUGAUGCUGACUGGCUGGGAGAGCGGGAUUGGUAUGCUGAGGCAGCAGCAGAGGAGCAGGCGCAGCAGCAGGAGGACGGUCCGGACUUGGAAACCGGUGCUGAGGGUUGUGAUGCAGAGCCUGGUGGGAGUGAAAGCUCUUCCAGCAGUGAGUCAUCUACUUCUGAGUCGGUUGAUGAGAGAGUUCAAGCUUCUGGGGAGAGGGCUGGCGAACUUGAGCAUAGAAAGCUCAAUGAGCAGCUCGGUGAUGCAAUGAACCAAGGCGUGACCUCGAGGUCCUGCAAAGGGACUGCUUGGUGCCUCUUUGUCGCCUGGGAUGAUUUCCCGGCAUGGCAGGAGCACUUAUUUCUAAACCUGGCGAGUGUGGCAGCCUUCAGAGCAACAUGGGCGUGA